AUGCCCCAAGUCAGGCGAGGGAGCCGGAGCCUCGAUUGGCACACUCGUCCUCUGACAACGAUAUUAUCCUCGGACAAUGCCUCUCCAAGCGCAAGUGAGCCGCCAAACGGCGCGAAUCCCGAUAGUCGCCGGCCCACCGGUUCUUCCGGCUCCAGCAACCACAACCGCAACCGCAAUCGCAGCAUCUCCAUCUCACCACCAGAGCCGCCGUCGCUGGAAUCCCGCUCCAAGAGCGUCCCCGGCUCGCCAAUAGCCUCCUCUUCCGCCCUCCACGAGCCCCCUCGCCGCAGCCUCUCCUACGCUCUCCGCCUGUCCGCGCCGGCAUACUACGACUCCCGCGCCGCCACGCGCACCGAGUACGCCCGCCGCGGACGAACUCUCCAGGAAUACUACGACGCCAACCCGCUUCUGCUGCCCCAGCUCCCCUUCACGUGGCACCACGGCCGACGUCGCUGGCAUCUGCUCUUGUUUGCCUUCUUCGCCUUCGUCGAUGCGUCCGUCGUCCCCAUCGCCCUGUACUACGCCCUCAACUACGCCGGCCACGUAGAGGGAUGGAUCAUCUUUGCCGUCGUCACCACUAUUUGGGGCGGGCCGACGUAUCUGGAGUUUGCCGUGCGCACUCUGCGUCUGAUCAAGAAGGAGAGGUUCUACAGGCCCCUGGGCACCGACUCGAGGUGGUGUUUCGACAUGUUGACCUGGGCAUCCGUCAUCACCAUUACCGCCGUCACGGCGCUGUUUAUCGUCGGCAGCGCGCCGCAUAUUGUCUGGCUGAGGGUGCUGUGCAUGCCUGCGCCCGCCAUAUUGUACUGCCUGGGCGGUGUGAUGGCGCUGAUAAUGCUUUGGCAUGUCAUGGGGUGGAAGGCGCCGUUUAGGAUCAGCUCUACGGCUAAGGGGGAACCGGUUCUCCCCGCAGCGUACUACUUCAUUGAAGAUGUAGUUGCUGUCAAUGCCAAGGCUGGUCGUCCGUAUCGCGAGGCCCUCGCCGCCCGGUACAAGGCAUCCCCGCGGUUCCAGCGGAUGCUCUACGUACAGAGCAUUUUUUGGAGCAUCCCCGCGCCGGUUCUCCCCGCAGCGUACUACUUCAUUGAAGAUGUAGUUGCUGUCAAUGCCAAGGCUGGUCGUCCGUAUCGCGAGGCCCUCGCCGCCCGGUACAAGGCAUCCCCGCGGUUCCAGCGGAUGCUCUACGUACAGAGCAUUUUUUGGAGCAUCCCCGCGCUCGUGCUGGCCGCUGCCUUGACCGUCAUAGCUGUUGUUCAUCAUGUCCCUGCUACGGUGGCGUACGGUAUAUGUUGGGCUGUGCCGUUCAUCUGGUUAGCCCUGUGGGCAGGCAUUUCCGUGUGGUGGUGCAAGCGGGACAUGACUCGGGAGAGACUCGAGUGGGAGCAGAGCAGUGGUGAGCCUGAGAAGCAGCCGCCGCAGAGGACCGAGUCGGAUUCGGGGUCGGGGGUUGUGGUUGGGAGGCCCGCCGAUUCUGUGGCUGUUUAA